AUGAGGAUUCUACCUAUCAGUUUGCUAGUCGUUCUGCUAUACAUUUCUCAGUCCUCAGCAUCGCUACCCAUUGAAAAGGAUGCAAAUCUAAUCCGUGAGACGUGCAAUCAUACCAGCUACCAUCAUCUAUGCGUCUACUCUCUCCAAUCUGAUCCCCGUAGCUACACCGCAAACGUGAGCGGCCUCGCAAUGAUAUCCAUCGAGCUAGCACGUGCCAAUGCUACGGACACUCUAUUGUACAUAUCUAUGCUGUUGAAGAAGUCGGCCGGGGAAUUAAUGAACCGAUCCCUCGACACUUGCUAUAACGAGUAUGAAUUAGCAAUAGAUCGCUUCAAUGAGGGAAUCGAGGAAUACCAUUCAAAGGAAUACUCUGACAUCGGCCAACUUGUUGUAGAUGCUGCAGGAAUGGCCGAAACGUGUGAGGAAGAGUUCAAAUUUUAUAAUCUAAAAUCACCGUUAACUCAGAGGAAUAGACUCUUGAGGCAGCUCAGCAACAUCGCAGCAGAUAUUGUAUGGAUUCUUCGUUAA